UUCGCAUAAAAAUAUGCUCAGUUUCUCUUCCGAUUUGGUCGCGUCAAGAUGGCUUCGUUUUUGGUGAAGUGUUCGCUGCUGCUCGUGAGCGUCUCGAUGGUUAUCGCUUUGACUAAUGCCGCAGAUGAUCUGCCGUCCAACGUCAACCGGGGUAGCCUGGUGCGAGUGGCAAGAAAUCCGCAGCAACCUCAAGGCUUUCCAAAUUUUCCACCGCCACAGUUUCCAUUCGGCAAUCCGGAAAUAGUCUCGCAAGACACGCAGCGAGACAAAAAUGGGUUCGCUCAGACGACGAUCUACAAGUACCCGAACGGGAUGGGUUCGUCAUCCGUUUCGACAAGUUACUCGGGUUCGGCCAAGCUGAACGGCGUCACCUGGAGCAUGAUGGGAGCGAUUGUCAUACUGCUGCUAAAAAUGGUGUACUAAAAAGCUGCAAUUAAGGGUUGGUUGAAUCAUCCGGAAGUGUAGUCUGUAAGCUUGUGUUUUAACAGUUGGGAAAGCUUUAUCGAGCGAAACAGUUUACCCACAGAGUAUUUGUGUGUGAAUUUGGAACCAGUUUCAGUUCAGUGUAUUAAACUUG